UUUCAUUUUGAAUCCAGCCAAGAUGGCGGACUACGACUUAACAACGAAAAUAGCAAAUUUUCUCGACCGACAUUUGGUUUUUCCUCUAUUGGAGUUCCUCUCUGUAAAAGAAAUUUACAAUGAAAAGGAACUUCUCCAGGGGAAGCUGGACCUCCUCAGCGACACGAACAUGGUGGACUUCGCCAUGGAUGUGUACAAAAACCUGUACCCUGAUAAGGAUAUACCACACUCUCUAAAGGAGAAGAGAACAACAGUUGUGGCACAGUUGAAGCAGCUUCAGUCGGAGACAGAACCCAUUGUAAAGAUGUUUGAAGAUCCAGAAACAACUCGACAGAUGCAGUCCACGAGAGAUGGGAGGAUGCUGUUUGAGUACCUGUCAGAAAAACACAAUUUUCGUCAGGAGUACUUGGACACUCUUUACAGAUAUGCCAAGUUUCAGUAUGAGUGCGGUAACUACUCCGGAGCAGCAGAAUACCUGUACUUUUUCCGUGUGUUGGUGCCUUCCACUGACAGAAAUGCCCUGAGCUCUCUUUGGGGAAAACUGGCCUCUGAAAUUCUGAUGCAGAACUGGGAGGCAGCAAUGGAGGAUCUGACACGACUUAGAGAGACCAUUGACAACAAUUCUGUGAGCUCCCCUCUUCAGUCGCUGCAGCAGAGGACCUGGCUCAUUCACUGGUCUCUCUUUGUCUUCUUUAAUCACCCCAAAGGCAGAGACAACAUCAUCGAGCUCUUCCUCUACCAGCCGCAGUAUCUCAAUGCCAUUCAGACAAUGUGCCCACACAUCCUGCGAUACCUCACUACUGCUGUCAUCACCAACAAAGACGUGAGGAAGAGGAGACAAGUGCUCAAGGAUCUCGUUAAAGUCAUUCAACAGGAGUCUUACACUUACAAGGACCCCAUCACUGAGUUUGUGGAGUGUCUCUAUGUGAACUUUGAUUUUGACAGCGCCCAGAAAAAGCUGCGAGAGUGUGAGUCGGUUUUGGUGAAUGACUUCUUCCUGGUGGCAUGUCUCGAGGACUUCAUCGAAAAUGCUCGUCUUUUCAUCUUUGAGACAUUUUGCCGCAUUCAUCAGUGCAUCAGUAUUAGCAUGCUUGCUGAUAAGCUCAAUAUGACGCCGGAGGAGGCAGAGCGCUGGAUCGUCAACCUCAUCAGGAAUGCUCGGCUCGAUGCCAAGAUCGACUCAAAGCUGGGCCACGUGGUGAUGGGGAACAACGCGGUGUCUCCGUACCAGCAGGUGAUCGAGAAAACCAAAAGUCUGUCGUUUCGCAGCCAGAUGUUGGCCAUGAACAUUGAGAAGAAACUGGCACACAGCAACAGGAACGAGACUCCAAACUGGGCAGCGCAGGACAGUGGAUUUUACUGAACCGUCACCAUGGAGACCACAGAGGUGACUCUUCAGCCAGCUGUUAAUAUUUAUGCAAAAAACAGACAUCGCGUACAAUUGCCAUCUUUUCCUUGUAACCUUGGACUGUGUAAUUAUUAUUUAAAAGUCAGAUUCCUUUUACCCUCCAAAACUUCAACCAAUGUCAUAAGUUUUCAUUAAAGUUCAUUUUAAAACAGAACUAAUAUAAUGUGUUUUUAUUAUUUCACCACUAGAUGGCAGUGAUUUACUUCCAGUAUGGCCUCCCUGUAUGUAGUUUUUUUUUUUAAACGUCUAAAGCUUGCACAGUGUCUAAUACUUUUGUUAUUCUUUUAUUUACUUUUUCACAUUUCAGACUUUUAACACUGCACACAAAUAUAGUUUUUAUUUAUUUUACUAUAGUUUUUUUGUUUUAGUUCUGUUAAAAAAAAUGAUCUUAACAUUCUUCGGUAAUAACGUUGUAAAACCAGAAAUGAAAAUUAUACAUUGUCGCUCUACAUUUUGUCAUGAGACAAAAAAUCUGUCUGCUGUGAAAGUUGGCUUUGGGAUUUUUUUUCUUGUAAAAAAUCUAAUAUUUAGUUAACUUAUAUACAGGCUAUAUUGUCAUUAAUAAACUGAACUGAACUUUUAAAAACUGAAAUAUGUGAUGAUGUUCCUCUAAACUUUAAUGUAAGAUACUGAAUUUGGAAACUUUCUAAAAAUAGCCUCAGUCCAAAUAACAUGGAAAAAGUUCAGUGAGUCAUAAGACAGUGUAUUAGUCAGUCUCAGUGGGCUAUUUAAUACGGUCUUAUUAAUAAUGAUGACUGAAACACCACAUAUAAAAUGGAUAUUUUUGUCAAAUUUUGCU